AUGCGGCGGAGGCCGCGGCAGGAGUAUCGCUGGGGGCCUGUAAAGGCUUUCACUGAGGAUGUUAAACACACGGUUAUGGAUAUCCUGGGUGUACCGGGUGUACCGAAGCUCGACGGUCGAGAUGUGAAGGCGCGGGAUGUCGUCGCCGAUGACGAUCGUAGUACCGUGGGGCCCAAUCAUCUGGUUACCGGCCUUACGGGUCAGGCUGCUCAGACGUAG